CUGGUUACGUGCGGUGCAGUUGCCAGAACUGGUGUUCACUUCUCGUAUGUCUAUUGUUGUGUUGUGGUGCGUUUGUAAAACAAUAAGGUACAAAAGAAGAGGCCACAGGAGAGUUCGUGGGCCGGUGGCGCGAUAAGAAAAGGGGUAGCUCGCCGCGCGGGAUGAAGCGUCUCGGCGCGGGGCGCCUUGUCGCCGUCGCCCUGUGGACGCUGCUCACCCAAAUCACGGACGCUGACUGGUGGCAGUUGGGCUUGCCAAGUUCGAUGUCGAACACGGUCAAUUUGACACCGGCAGCUCACCAUGACAGGUGCCACAAGCUCGAGUACCUGGCCGAACAGCAGAGAGAAAUUUGCUCGCAACACGACAGAAUACUUCCGAUUCUGGGCAAUGGGGCGAAACUGGCGAUGGAAGAGUGCCAACAUCAGUUCAGACACAGCAGAUGGAAUUGCACCACUUUCAUCGAACAACCCUCCGUGUUCGGAAACGUCGUCGCAGUUAAAAGUAGAGAAACUGCUUACAUUUACGCGAUAUCCGCGGCAAGUAUAGCCUUCGCAGUUACGAGGGCUUGUUCGAAAGGAGAGUUGACAGACUGUAGUUGCGACAACAGGGUGAGACAGAAAAAACACCGGUCGUGGCAGUGGGGAGGUUGUUCGGAAGACAUUCACUACGGGGAACAAUUCAGUCGACUAUUUCUCGACGUAAAAGAGGACCCCAACUCAGCUGGAGGACUAAUGAAUCUCCAUAAUAACGAAGCAGGAAGAAGGACCAUAAGGAGGAGAAUGCAAAGAGUCUGCAAAUGUCACGGCAUGUCUGGUUCAUGCAGUAUGAGAGUUUGCUGGAGAAGACUACCACCGUUCCGACAGGUGGGGGAAGCCCUUUACCAGCGAUAUGAGGGGGCAUCUCAUGUGAAAUUUGUGCAGCGAAGGAGGAAAAAGCUCCGAGCUGUAAGUCCAGAUCUGAAAAAGCCCAACAAAACGGAUCUGGUAUACCUUGAAGACUCACCUGAUUACUGUGAAAGAAAUGACACAAUGAAUAUUCUCGGUACUCGAGGAAGGAUAUGCAACAGGACGAGUCCUGGUAUCGACGGUUGUCGACUUCUAUGUUGCGGAAGGGGUUAUCAAACAAGGGUGCGAGAGGUUGAGGAGAAAUGCAAGUGCAAAUUUGUGUGGUGUUGCAAUGUAGUGUGCGAGACGUGCAGGUAUAAACGAGAAGAGCACAUUUGUAAUUAAACGAAAAACAUUAUUCACGAAAAUUGCAUAAUUUAUUUAAUUGACGAACAGAUAUUUAAUUUUACAGUAUCUUGACCGCUCAAGAUGUUCCUUUUUACUUACUCAAUACAAACUGACUUUUCUUUGAUGAAAAUGUAUCGCACAAUCAUUUGCAGUAAUAGGUAUGGGCCAUAUAGGUACUUAAUUAUUUAUUUUUUAGCACACUUUUUAAUAAGAACUAAGUUUUUUUAUUU